UAUCGUAAGACGUGCAGACCAGCAAUUGCGUAUUACAUAAAACGCGAUCAGCCGCUUUGAGCUCUAGUUUAUUCUUGGAAAAACGUAAGGAGAAAGAAUUUCUCAUAAAAGGCCGGACAAUUCACAAGCAAGGGUAAGUAAUAAUAAUAAUAGUAACAAUUAUUCCUUUAUUUACCCUCGGCAGUAUUUAUAGCCCUAAUGCUAGUGGUGGCGGGCAAAUGCCUGAAACAAAUAAUCUAAAUCAAACUUAACAGCGUUAAGAAUUCCGGCUAGCCGGAGGCAAAUUAAAAGCAUGGCCGAGGAUCUGAAAUCGGCACAGCUAGCGGUCAAAGUUGGACUUAAACUCGGGGCCUCCAAAUUGCAAGCAUCGGGCAACUCGCCGAUUUCUAUAUAUGAAGGGGACAGAGAGUAACAUGUAUAAAACUUCUGAUUAUACAACUGUAUAAAUGACAAAUAAGCUAUCGUACAUCCAUAUGUACAUCCAAAUGUAUGUACUGGACAAGUCCGCUUUCUCGACUCUUCCGAUAUUUUAUUUCAUUUCUUGCGAAGUGGUCAGCCGUAGACAGCCUAGUUCUAUUUACCUGAACUCUCAGCCAUAUCAUAGCGACACGCGUUGGUUUAGACUUAUGCCGUAUGACCUGUAUUUUUAAAAAAUUCAUAGACCUCUGCGAUCAAACGACUGGAAACAAAGAAAGACUUGGGUCCAUUUGAAAUUGACAGAGCUGUAGUUGAUUCCAAUCGAUGCAUAAGUGCAAUAGGAACCUUUAGCAACUACGACGACGACAACUGUAGUCACCUUAAGAUAAACCGCUGCUGUCUUCGGGCACGGGCAGGCGAACAUGUUUGCUACGUAGGGCAACCAUUGCACUUCCCAGAUGUCAUUAUGGCGUCACCGUUCUACCCAGUGAAUUUACCCGUACGUCGAACACGGAAACGGUGUAUCUUAUAACAAAAAAAAGUAAGGUUGGGGAAGCCUUUUGUUUGUCACGGUGUGGCAUUUCCUAGCUAAAACGUUUUUCUUAUUUCUUUUUUUUUUUUCGUAGGUUGUGUAAGGAUGCCUGUUGAUUCGGAGAACAGUACUAGACAAAGUAGCUUCACCAAAAUCUUGGGUUUUCUUUCUUUUCGCAGGAAAACACUAGGUGAGAACCGUUUUCUUAUGUGUGGCAAGAGCUUCGUCAAAUGCUAUGAGCAAGAGACAGGAGCACCCAACGACGGUUUCCUCCUAAAUACAUUGAAAACACGUUUUAGCCUUUCCUGAGUACUUUUAGAUCUCUAGAGAUGCAUUUUAACAGGGCUAUAGAAUUUGUAUCUGUUCGGUCAUCCUAGGGGAACUUAAGUGUUUUCGAAAUUACAAGUUCUUCAGUGUUAUUUUCCCGUAAGUUUUAGUAAGUUUUAUCACGAGAGGGAUGAUUUUUCCGAUUCCCCUCUCCAUCACAUUUUUUAAUCCGAAGAUUAUAAGUUUCCUUUUUUCUCCGAAAAAUAGCCUAAUCUGGGUAAUGAAAUGAAAAAAAAAAUUUAACUCCAGAAAUUCGUAGGGGAGUCUGUUAGAUAAGCUUCGAAAAUUCUACAUGAAUGGAACGAUCAUCUAGAAAUUUUUAGCAGUCCUCAAGUAACAAAAAAUUCUAGGCAAUGUUUGGCUCUCCGAACAGAUAUUUUAAAGAAAACAGUCGUUGGGUGCCCCUGAAGAGAGGAGCACCUUUAUCCUCUCUUGCUAUGACUGAAUUUGGCAACCAGACGAAUAUUUGUUUACAUUUUUGGCUUCAAUGACAUAUUAGCUUAUCAUUUUCUGAUCGUUCUAUUAAAUUAACGUUUUUGAAUAUUGAAAGAGCAUAGCAACAUUAGUAAUAACUGAAAAUUUGAGUAUGCGUGAUAUAGUAAAUAGCCAGGAGAAAUUUUCUUUUUGAUCUGAAAUCAUAACAAAAAAUGUCUGGGUUCAUUAACGUUUUUUCGCCCAUGAAUUUCGCACAAAUUUCUUAAGUUAUCGACAGUAAGUGUUCUGUGGCAUUUCUUGUGCAUCAGGUGAAGUAUCAAGUGAUGAAAACAUUGACACCAAAGAAGUGGACAUCCCCGAAAAUGGUAAGUUUCAUAAUUAAAGACGCCCCCAGAAUGGAUGAUUUCUAGUAAAAAGAAAAGGAAAAAGGUAAAGGGGCGGGAUUCUCUAUCAUUAUAUCGUUAUAAAAAGUUACCGUAUGCACAACAAUGAGCGUCCUGUAGCAGCGUGUUUUCCAAUUUAUAUUCACAACUAAGAGAUGGGAAUGGGUGUGCAGCUCGAACUGUGAGCCUGAGUGUUUUUGCCGUCCAAAUGAAAUACAAAGUUCAACAUCAUAACUAAAGAAUGGUAUACAAAUUUUCCUAAAUAAAGUCACUCAGCCUAAACUGUUCACGUGCGCCGUCUGAUACGAAAACCCUAAGCCCCAAUGGGAAAAAACAGGGAACGUACUCCCCGAUGCGGUCGCACAACCUCUGGGGGUUAAAGGUAAAAAAUCAAUCGAUAGAUGAU